AUGGCAUUGCUGUCCGCCGUCCACCUUGGCCUUCCCCUUCCGGGCUGCCCGCAUCGCCGGGCCCUCGUGGCCGGGCCCUACCGCCACUACCACUACGGCUACGACGGUGUGGACGACCGAGGGUGGGGCUGCGGCUACCGUACCCUCCAGAUGAUGUGCUCCUGGCUGGCGGCAGCUGGGGCAGAAGCAGCCGCCGGCCGGCCGGUUCCGUCCCUGAAGGAGAUCCAGGAUUCCCUGGUGGAGAUGGGGGACAAGCCCCCCUCCUUCGCAGGCUCGCGGGACUGGAUCGGCACCGUGGAAGCCGCGCUCUGCCUCGAUUAUUUUUACGGCGUGCCGGGCAAGCUGCUCCACGUCCGCCUCGGCCGAGACCUGGAAGGGGAGCUGGAGACCUUGUAUGAUCACUUUCAGGAGGGUGGGGGGCCCGUGAUGAUGGGGGGAGGCCGGGACCACGUCUCCAAGGGGUUGCUGGGGGUCUGCUCUGGCCCCGAGGGACACCACCUGCUCACUCUGGAUCCACACUACUACGGCCCAGCAGGCUCGCUCAGCCGGCACGAAGCCCAGGCCCAGCGGUGGGUUUCCUGGCGGGCGCUUGGCUCCUUUGAGGAGGCCUCCUUCUACAACCUCUGCUUGCCCCAGUUCAGGGCCAAAGAACCCCUCCACCCUCCCGUGAAAGAGGCAUUCCUGAAGCGAGGCACGGGACAUGGACCAGCAGUUUGA